AUGGAUUCAAUUGAUCUCAACAAUCCUGUCUCCGAGCUUGGCCAGCCUGGUUCUGACUGCUUCACCAUGGAAUCCUCUUUUACUGGCCUUAACCAGUUUGAUCUUGACAUGAUUUCCCGUGAUCUAAGUGGUUUCGAUCAGUCCACCUUUGAUUUUCUUUCCGAUAAUACGAACCAGCUCGGUUUGAAGGCGUCUGACAAUGGCCUCAUGAAGCCCGGAUCGGACAUGCUUCCCCCGCAUGCUCCGUACAUGCCAAUGACUUACGACCCCUCAAUUGACGUUGCAUACGCCCCGAACGACACUGAUGCCGACAAAGUUAAAAAAUGGGAGAACCUGAUUGCCCAGGCUAAUCUGGCUGGUGCUUGUCUCCCGCCAACAGGUCCUCAACCCAAUCAACAAGACGUGGCUGCUCAAAGCCCUCAGACGAUGGAUUCGCCGAACUCCCUGUUUGACUCUCCUCGCUCCUCAUCAGUUGAGAUGAUAGAGCCAUCCAGCCCUACCCUUGCGGCUACCUUUACUCCCAAAACUCCUGUUGCUUCCUUGGGCACCAAGACUCUUGCCACAGCUGCCAAUCCCAAUCCUUCUAUUCCGAGCUUCAAUUCCAAUGUUGCUGGUGCAGGUUUCAAUCCCAAACCCUCUGCCACAGCCCUCAACAAUGCUGCUUCUGCGAGCUUCAAUUCCACUGCCUCUGCUAUGGCCCUGAACAAUGUUGCUGCCGCGAGUUUCCAUCCAAACCCUUCUGCCACAUCUAUUGACAAUGGUGCUGUCGCGAGCUUCAAUUCCAAUGCUGCUGUCGCGGGUUUUAUUCCCAGUGCCGCGGGUUUCAUUCCGAAUGCUACUGUCGCUGGUUUCAAUCCCAACCCUUCUGCCAUGGCUUUCAACAAUGGUGCUACCACCAGCUUCAAUUCCAAUGCUGCUGUCGCGGGUCUCAAUCCCAACCCUUCUGCCAUGGCUUUCAACAAUGCUGCUGCCGCCAGCUUCAAUUCCAAUGCUGCUGUCGCGGGUCUCAAUCCCACCGCCUCUGCCACAGCCCUCCACAAUGCUGCUGUCGCUGGUUUCAAUCCCAACCCUUCUGCUAUGGCUUUCAACAAUGGUGCUACCACCAGCUUCAAUUCCAAUGCUGCUGUCGCGGGUCGCAAUCCCAACCCUUCUGCCAUGGCUUUCAACAAUGGUGCUACCACCAGCUUCAAUUCCAAUGCUGCUGUCGCGGGUCUCAAUCCCAACCAUUCUGCCAUGGCUUUCAACAAUGGUGCUACCACCAGCUUCAAUUCCAAUGCUGUUGUCGCGGGUCUCAAUCCCAACCCUUCUGCCAUGGCUUUCAACAAUGCUGCUGCCGCCAGCUUCAAUUCCAAUGCUUCUAUCGCAAAUUUCAUUCCCAAUUCUUCUGCUGGUUGCAUCUCUAAUGCUGCUGUCGCGGGCUUUGAUCCCAACCAUUUUGCCACGGCUGUCAACAACGCUGCUGCUGCAGGUUUCAACCCUAACCCUCCUCUGGAGCCCUUGCCUCCCCUGCCUCCUAUCACCCCUAAGUCUUCUGCCGCGCGCAAGACUCCUGCCCCACGCAAGACUCCUGCCUCCCGCAAGACCCCCGCCUCUCGCAAGACUCCUACUACCCGCAAGACCCCCGCCUCCCACAAGGCUCCUGUGACCCCGAUCACCCCCAAGACUCCUGCCGCUUCACUGGUUUCUUCGAUGCAUGCUGCGCAGCUGCCGGUUUCUCGAGGCUUUUCCCAAGAGGAUUACGCCAAACAUGUGUCCCCCUUUGCUCCCAUCGCUGGUGUCCAGAGCACCCCCGCCCCCGCUGAGCCGCUCACCCCGCUUCCCCUCCAGCGAGCCCGUCAGCGCAUCCAGAGCCUGUCAAAGGAACGCGACUACUACCAACGUAGCUUGCGCAAGGCCACCGCCAUUGACCCAAAGACGGGCAAGACCAGUCUCCAGAUGCUGCAGGCUGACAACACCUCCCUGCGCCGGACCAACGCCAACCAGGCGAAGGAGCUGCAGGAGCUCAAGGAACAAGCUCAGCAGGCCAAGAACCAGUACGCCGCUCUUGCUGACUUGUACAACGCCAACAUCAAGCGGCUUCACGAGGCCCAGCUUGAGCUCCUGCAGCCCAAGCGUGUGUAG